UGUUGUUCAAUCUGAGGAGGACCAGCAGCCAGACAGCCUAGAAAAGUCGGUGUCAGCAAUAAUCAGCACACUGCAAUUGUUCAAUCUACAGCCGCCCGCCAAAACUGCAACACUAUGCGCAAAACUGCUGCAGUCAACUGCUGUCUACAUGAUCACGCAGUCGUUGGCAGUCAUGUUGUUUGGCUGGAAGCAGUGGACCUUCGCUUCCCGAGUGGCUGCUAUGGAGAACCUCACCUACUCCUUCGGAUUCUUCUCAAUAUCCACUGACCUGUUUCUCAUGGCCAAUCGUACCUCCGACCUCAUAACCAUGAUACGAUCCAACUACUAUGUGUUCGAUAUCGAACACUAUAAGGGUUAUUCAGUCCGUGAGCGAAAGAUGGAGCUGAUAAAAACGACGGAUACAGCUACUGUGAAAGGAGUUGUCAUGAUUGAGAAGAUCUUGAGAUGCUUGUUUGUCGGAUACAUGACUCUGCCAGCGGUCAGCAUUGUUUUCUAUUAUUUUCAACUGUCAAAAAUCGAGGAUCUGCGACUGCCGUUCAUCAUAUUCGUACCGAAACUGUAUCCGAUAACGCUGACCUUCUCUACAAUCCACCAGUAUCUGUUUGCGACUGGCCUCAAUAUUGUCUAUCUGUUCUAUUCGGCUAUUAUAACUAUAACCGUGUUCAAAAUUAUGCUGUUGUCAGUCAAUAAUGUUCUCACCGAAAUGAAACUGUUUCAUUUGAAUUUUGAGGAGAUUGACAUGCUUCUUGAGGCGAAGAGAGAGAGAGGUUUCCAGGAGAUGGAAACUGGAGAAAGGAUUGAUGGAGGAUUGAAAAGGAUAAUGAGACAUGUGGUGGAGCAUCAUAAGGUGAUUUUCAGAAAGGUCGGUAUCUUGAACUCGGGCCUGAAGUUUCGACUGUUCUACUUCAACACAUUUUCUUGUCUACAAAUUUGCUUAUCGAUCUUCAGCUUCAUGAAAGGAGAGUUGACAUUCAAGAUAAAACACGGAAUAGUGAUUUUUGGAGUGGUGAUGAAUUGUUUCUUCAUUUGUGAUCUGGGGCAGAAACUGCAGGAUGAGGGCGAACAAAUCAGAAACAACCUUAUCUAUGGCUGCAAUUGGUUGAAUAAACCCAACUGGAUGAAUAAGGUCCUACUCUUCAUGAUGAUUCAGAAUAAUAAACUACCAAAACUCGGAUUAUUCAAUGUCUUUACACUGAACAGGAAUAACUUGAGAGUGAUUGUGCAAGGAGCUUACUCCUACUUCAAUCUUCUGAAAAAUAUUUCCAAUUGAUUUCAAACAAAUUUCUUCAUUUACCGUAAGGACAUUGAUGAUUGAUUGUUGGAAUAUGAGAUUGAUAUUUAUAUAUUUAUGGUAUGAUACCUAGAAAAGAAUAUUAUCAACUUGGCUGGAGCUGUAUUGUAGAGAUCGUCAUAAUGCAAGAAUAAUAUCUAUCGGAAUAAAAUGACUUCUGAUUGGU